AUGGCGACGGACGUCGUCCGUCGUCCCUCGGGGGCAGAACUGUACAGGCUUCUUCCUUCAUUCUUCUACGCAGGUGGCCGAGGCGAGAUAACGCAAAAAGCGACGCGGAGCGUCAAUCAAUUGCCUCUUCACUCACUUACUAAUUGGUUCAUUGGUUCCUUGAGUUCGGAAAUGCUUCUCGAGGAACGUACCAACCUUGAUUGCAACCUCCCACCCAUCCGAUCAUCGUGGACUCUCGUUCUUCCUGCUCUCGACAGGAUUACUCGCCGCCAAACCCGCAAUGUACCUCCAAAUCAGCUAGAAUCCACCAAGAUAGCGACCAAGGCCAGCAUUUGCCGGCGUGGAACUUGGGCAAAUCACGAUUAUACGAGCGUGCUCUAG